UUUAUCUAUAGGGAUAUAUUUUUCAAACCAGCCCAGCUGCACGCAGACUGCCUGCAAUUGAAUCCACACUCCUGGGGCAAGUUUAACUCGGGAGAGGAACAGCAGCAGGGGUGCUGUUUGUGCCUCUCCUCCAGCUAUUCCUGUCAAGAUGGAUUUAUGACUUUAAAAGGGGGGGGAAGGAAAACUGCCUACAGGAGCCAGGGCUUACACCACAGCCCAACAAAACACACAUAAAGAAGCAGUCGGAUCUCAAGGCAUGAGCAGCGUAAAAGUGGCACCCUGGGAUCUGGUGGAUCCUUGCACGUAAUAUGACUGAUCUUAAGCCUUUCAUCUGCCUUCACAGAGCCGAGCUUUUGGAUUUAAGGUAGUUUGCCCAGGACCAGACUUUGCUAUGUUGGCCGAGACAGUGCUUUCUCUUGGUCUGUGGCUGCAGUUUGCUGUGGGACAGAACACACCUGAGAGAGGUCCCCAGCCGUCUAUUUCCAACUCAGAGGGGGACCUCCUCUUCUUGCUGGACAGCUCUGGCAGCGUCUCCUACUAUGAGUUUUCCAGGGUCAAGGAAUUCAUGUGGGACCUUGUGCAACCUUUCGCCUUUGGCCCCAAAGAUGUCCAGACCAGCAUCAUCCACAUCAGCACUACGCCCACCAUGGAGUUCCCUUUUGACCGGUACCUGUCUAGUGGGACUCUGCAACAAGCCAUCCGGGACACGCAACAGCUCAUGGGCGACACUAACACAGGCAAAGCGCUCUCCUAUGCCAAGGAGAAGUUCUUUAGUGAUGAAGCUGGUGCCCGGCCAGAUGUGCCCAAGGUACUGGUUUGGGUGACAGAUGGUUUCUCCACUGAUGACAUCUCUGAACCCAUGCAGCUUCUGAAGGACAUGGGAGUAACAGUCUUCAUUGUCAGCACUGGACGGGGGAAUUACCUGGAACUCUCUGCUGCUGCCAGCCAGCCUCCUGAGAAGCACCUGCACUUUGUGGAUGUUGAUGACCUACCCAUCAUCACAAAGGAGCUUCGAGAUGCUAUCCUAGAUGUUAUCCAAGCAAAUCGGCUCCAUGCAGUAGAUAUCACCUCAAGCAGCUUCCGUCUGAUGUGGCCCAAACUCCUCUCCCAAGAAACUGGCUACUACACCCUAGAGUAUGCCCCAAUAGAUGAUCUAGCAAGGAAGAGGACAAACCAAGUGUCUGGGGCUCACACUAGCCUCACGCUAAGCAACCUUGCACCGGAAACUACUUACGAGGUGGCACUCAUUCCUGAAUCCAACGUCCACUACUUCCCUCCCCAGACAACAAGGGUUACUACACUGGCAGAGGAAAUAAGCCCAGCUCAGGUUCUCAUCUCAGAGUCUGGGCCACACAGCUUCCAUGUUAGCUGGGCUCCUACACUGGACAGUGUGAUCGGCUAUCAGAUCCUGUAUGGACCACUCCCUGGGAACUCGGUGAAGCUGCUGGAGGUGGAUGGCAAGCACAACAGCACUGUGGUGGAGAAUCUGGCACCCAAUACAACCUAUCUAGUGACAGUGACUGCAAUCUACAAAUCGGGAAGGGAGAAAUCCCUGUCAGCUAAAGCAUGCACUCAGGAAGAGGGCUCCAAAGUGAGGCACCUUCGCUUUGAAGACAUGGGCCCCAACACCUUGAAAGCCUCUUGGGACUCUGCCGAUGGGAAAGUCCUUGGUUACAGAGUCAGAUGCCGGCGGCAAACUGGCCCUUCAUCUGUCAUCAGCGUCUCACCGCAGAUCCACAGCGUGCUCCUCACAGACCUGGCUUCAGGCACCACUAACAAAGUGUGCGUGAAGCCCAUGUACAAGAACCAGCCGGGCAAAGGGCUAUGCCGCAUGGUGCGCAUGCAGCCAGCUACCGACGCCCAACGAUAUAAGCACAGGCAGAAAGCGUGACAGACUCUGGAGUGAACUGAUUCCCACCAGAGCGAGGAAUCUUGCUUGGACAAAGACUUGGACAAAAAGGAGGGGGUCAAGGGAGGAAACAGGAAAGCUCACAGAUCAUCUCCCAGCCUGCACUGUCUAUGGAGGUGUCGUGGUUGUCAAGCCUAAAGGCUGUCCUCAGCCAAGCUCUUCCAAAGCUUAAAGGUUUGACUUGGCUGGAUGGAACAACCAAUCUGACUAAUAGAUCCCAAAUCUGUACCCUCUCUUAUACAAAUAUGCCUGACAAAUAACAAACAAAAGGCAAAGU